AGUAGUUUCUCAGCACUCACAAAGGUCUUAGUUUUGAACCUCGCCCUCACCAAGGCCAUUUCUCAUCAUGCCAAACCAACAGAAGAAAGUCAUUUUUUGCAUGGCCGGAGUGUUAAGCUUCGUGUGUGCCCUCGGAGUUGUGACAGCCCUGGGGACACCGCUGUGGAUCAAAGCCACCUUCCUCUGUAAAACGGGGGCUCUGCUCGUCAACGCCUCGGUACAAGAGCUGGACAAGUUCAUGGGCGAGAUGCAGUACGGGCUUUUCCACGGAGAGGGCAUGAGGCAGUGCGGGUUAGGAGCCAGGCCCUUUCGGUUCUCAUUUUUCCCAGAUUUGCUCAAAGUGAUCCCGGUGAGCAUCCAUGUCAAUGUCAUUCUCUUCUCCACGAUCCUUAUUGUCUUCACCAUGACGGGGACAGCCUUCUUCAUGUACAAUGCCUUUGGCAAGCCCUUUGAAACUCUGCAUGGUCCACUAGGGCUGUAUCUUUUGAGCUUCAUUUCAGGCUCCUGUGGCUGUCUUGUCAUGAUAUUGUUUGCCUCCGAAGUGAAAAUCCACCACCUCUCAGAAAAAAUUGCAAAUUAUAAAGAAGGGACUUAUGCCUACAAAACGCAAAGUGAAAAGUAUACCACCUCCUUCUGGGUCCUUUUCAUUUGCUUUUUUGUUCAUUUUUUGAACGGGCUCCUAAUACGACUUGCUGGAUUUCAGUUCCCUUUUGCAAAAUCUAAAGACACAGAGACAACUAAUGUGGCUGCAGAUCUGAUGUACUGAAAGUGAACAUUACACAUUCAGUAAUUUUCCAAGUAAGGGAGUGGACUUGCUUUAGUCCUUGGAGAUGGUUAAUUUUGUUCAUCCUUUUAGACGCACAAAUUAAAGCCCCCAAACCCUCUGUGAUCACGUUGACAAAUGAUGUA